AUGUCCAUCGAUUUUACGGCGAUAUUAUUGCGAGACCUGAGCCAACUACUGGAAAAAGGAAUCGAUUACAACGUGCUGAUUCAAGUCGGCGAAGAGCCAAAUGUAAAAUCAUUCAAAGCUCAUUCUGGUAUACUUCGAGCAAGAUGUCCGUAUUUCCAGGCCGCAUUAUCGGAAACUUGGGUAAAGCAAGAGGACGGGAUAAUAUUAUUUUCCAAGCCAAACAUAUCUGCGGAAAUAUUUGAAAUUAUACUUAGAUACAUAUACACGGGGAAAAUAGCAUUAGAACAGCGUGAUGGCGCAGAUAUUUUAGGUUUGCUGAUAGCAGCCGACGAAUUGAUCCUUCACGACCUGUUUGGUAGCAUCCAACAACACUUGAUCAUAUAUAAAUCUCAAUGGAUGCACGACAAUUUCAGCUUGAUGCGUAAAACCGUAUUUCAAAAUGAUCGAUUAAAAAAGCUACAGGAUUUUUGCGUCGAUCGAAUUUGCAAGAAACCCGAGUUGUUAUUCAACUCCGACGAUUAUGGCUCGGUUAACCUUAAUGUUUUACUGAGAGUGCUCCAACGAGAUGACCUGCAGUUGGAUGAGAUUGAAGUUUGGAAUUAUCUGAUACAAUGGGGAAUCCAUCAAACUUCCGUGAUAGCGUCACCGAAUUCGCCAAAGGACCUCACCGAACUUCCAAUAUCUGAAUGGUCAACCAAACAUUUGGCGACACUAAGAUCAACAAUACAACAAUGUGUACCAUUGGUUAGGAUGUUUCAGAUUUCCUCCAAGGAUUUUUACAGUAAGGUAAUGCCAUACCAGAGCGUUCUACCGCCAGCACUCUACGAGGAUGUCAUGCGAUAUUACAUGGUACCUGAUUGUCCACGCCCAACUUCACUGAUGCCAGCGAGAAGAGGCGGGGUCGAAUCAAAUUUGCUUCGAGCAAAACAUGUGGCAUUGAUCUCCAGCUGGAUCGAUCGUAAUGAUCUGAAUGUUUUCUAUAAUGCUACAAGCAUCCCUUAUGAAUAUAGUAAUAUUCCCUACGAAUUUAAACUACUGCUGCGAGGAAGUAGAGAUGGUUUCUCACCACAAGCAUUUCAUACCAAAUGUGAUUUCCAAGGCGCUACAUUGUUAGUGUUGAAAGUACAUGGCACAGGUCAUUUGAUAGGAGGUUACAAUCCUUUGAAUUGGGAUUCCACGAAUAAAUGGGACAACACAAAAGAUAGUUUUUUGUUCUCACUUGGUGACGGAGAGGACAUACGUAACUCCAUUCUUUCAAGGAUACAGGAAUAUGACCGAGCCGUGCUUUGUUCACAAGCAAUCGGAGCGUGCUUUGGGAGCGGGGAUCUGGUGAUGGGAGGCACUCAUUCGAACUUCAACGUGGAAUUGGGAUGUUCAUGUAAACGACAAUCUUACGAAAGACCAGUGUUGAAUGCUAACCAUGAUCGGUUUAGUGUUGAUGAGUAUGAGGUAUUUAAGAUCAUACCCAAGUUCG